AUGCAUGUUGAACCGUACACAAGGCAGAUGGUUGCUGGGGAUGUUUGCUCAGGUCCAUUGAUUACAUUUUCUGGAGUUGAGAAAGUGAGUAAUAUAUUGCAUACUCUAAGGAUGAUGGGACAUAAUGGGUUUCCAGUUAUUGAUGAGCCACCAUUAUCAAAUGCACUAGAAUUGUGUGGGUUGGUCUUGAGGAUGUUUUAUGCCUUCGAUUUUGCUAAACCGGGAUCGGGUAAGGAGUUUAGCGUAGAGGAUUUGGACAUUAGUCACGAUGAAACGGAGAUGUAUGUUGAUCUCCAUCUAGUUACAAAUACAUCUCUAUACACAGUAGUAGAGACUAUGUCCCUUGCCAAAGCUUCUGUUCUCUUUCGACAACUUGGUCUCAGACACUUGUGUGUCGUCCCAAAGACACCCGAGGUAAGAAAUUUUGUCAUCUUAUCUGUUAUCUGA